AGUUUUUUUCCUGUGUAUUCUAUUGAUGUUGGUGAAAAGAAAAUUGGAGAAUUGCAAAUAUCUAUAGUGUUUGAGCCUCUCAUGGCUACAUUUGAUAGUUGUAGUUCUGUACCUACAACUGAUAUGAGUCUUGAUGCAAAAGGUAGCAGUGAUAUGGAAAUGAUGCAACCUCCAGUACCCAACAUUCAUCCUAAAGAACACCUUGUUUCUUUACAGUCAACUGAUAAGGAAGUUAAAAGCCGUCCUAUUCUGACUGGUGUAGAUGACGAAUACAGCUUUGUUGUUGGGCCAGGUCGAACUGAGUCACCAACAAAUAUUACAGUACAAAGUCCAGUGAAAGAAGAAAGAAUGUCGGUAAAUGACAGUCCAGUCAAAGAUGUCAACAUACAGAGAAAGCAGAGAGUGGUCCAAGAUGGCAGGAUUCAGCACAAACAAGAUGAUGUAUUGUCAAGUUUGUUGGAUCGUGGAACUAAACUUCGUACAGAAAUGAUUAAAUCUGAAAUAGUAACUGAUCAGUUGACUGCCAACUCUACUAAAGCUCAAAAUGGAACUGAUAUCUCGCUGACUGAGUUCACUCAUAGGAGAGACAGAACUUCAUCUACUGGUGAUUUAUUUAAAGAGAUUCUGGAUGUAGAUAAUGAAGGUUCUAUGGAUGACCUAGAAUCUGGAGUUAUUCAUCUUGUUGUUGGCGAUAACUUGGAUGAAAAAGAACUCAAUAUUUUAAGGAAACUGCAGGGUGAUCGAUCAUUGGAAUCAAGUUUUUCUUCAACUCAUGAUAGUAUACUAAGUGAUGUCAAUGAUCCGCUGCAUGAUAGCAGUAUAAUAGAAGAAUUAUUUUAUAAGGAAGCUGUUUUAACUGACAGUGAAAGUGACUUGAGUGACGUUGAAUCUAAGUUAAGCAUUUCAAGGUCUAUGUCAAUUGAUGAUCCUUCCAAUGUGAGACCACCCUCAAGGAAAUCAUCUCUUAAAAGUAUUGAUACACCAGUAAAGUUGAGUGCAGCUAGUGGUGGAGACAGUGACAGUGAAUCCGAAGUAGUUAGUGUAUCUAGAGUGUCAUUUGACAGUACUCAUAUAGAUGAACAAGAUACAGCAUUUGAAGUAAAUGGUAUUAGUGUUGAAAGAUUGGCAUUACUGGAGAAAGUGCACAUUUCCAGAGUUACCGUGGAUACACUAAAAUUAGAAUCACCAGUAAUACCUGUGAAGAGAAAGAGUCAUUCAAAGGGAAAACCACCAAGACCAUCUAAGUCAAUAAAGACAAUGACAUAUUUUGUGGAGUACAAGUUCCCUGUUGCUGCACCCACAAGGGAUGAUGGAAGUGAAAAUACCAUGGCAACAGAGGUUAUGAGAAUUGUUUCUAAAAAGGUUUCAAGUGAUGGAGUGGUGACAUUCAGUCAUAGAUCAGUAUUUCCAGUAUCGUUUGAUAGCGAUGUGAUUGAUAAGUGGUGCAAACGUUUACUUGUAUUUAAAAUAUUUUCUAGAACAUCAGGACAAAAAAGUCCUACACUAAUUGGUGUAUGCAGCAUUCCGUUACUUUCAGUCAUUACAUCAAGUGACCUAAUCAUAAAUGCUGAUUUAAAUAUCAAUGACAAAAAUCUGCCAAGUACAUCUUCUGAGCUGGCUUGUCCGACUGACACCGACUCCAAACCACAUGUUGGUCAGCUCAAAGUAUCCAUAGAACUAGCAUCAGAUGAAAAAGAUUUCAUUGCAUCAUUAGCUUCAACCAAAAUCUCAGAAUUGAAAAGAGGCACGGCCAUUGCACCGAUAACAAAUCCUCCAAUCAUGAGUGCCUCACAAGAGAAGUCACCUGUCCAUCCAAAAGAGAUUGAGUCUAAAAUCCCUGAAGAGAAAGUACAGCCAUAUGUUCCAGCAUAUGAGCCGCUGACAUUACAUUCCUUGCUGAUGAUUCCUGAAGGAAAAGAUAUCACUUUACAUGGUGUUCGAUCACACAAGACUAGUAACAGAAUACCACAACCUGCUCCUCCUACAAAAUUAGGAAUUAUUGGAAAAUCAGGGAGAGAUUUAACAGUGCGUAAUACCUAUCUGUUAUGUCGGACAUUUUGGUCCAAUGAUGUCGUCCGAUCUAGUGUAUGUUGGGGAACAUCUCAACCACAUUAUGACUUUGUACAGGUUGCACCAGUUCUAUUGACUAAUGCUUUGCUUGAACGAACAAAAAAUAACUUCAUGGUUGUGGAAGUAUGGGAUAAAAAAACAUCUGCAGAAGAUGAUAAGCUGAUUGGUAUUGUCAAGUUGUCAUUGCAUCAGUUUUAUAUGUCAUUCAGAGACAGAAGAAUUGCAAGUACAUUAUUGAAGUCACAGUAUCCUGUUGUAAGUGUUGAUACGUUGUUACCUAUUGUGGAUCCGUUUACUGGAAAACAACAUGGAAAACUGAAUGUAACAUUGGCGCUGGGAUCAAAUGAACAGGUGAGUUCUGUUGAUACGUUGUUACCCAUUGUGGAUCUGUUUACAGUAGCACUAUAUGUAAAUUUGGACAUGACCCUGCUAAUGAGAUGCAUUUCUGAUGAAAGAAAUAUAUUUUCUGAACGUGAUACGAACACAGAAUCCUAUGUUGAACACGUAUUUGAAGUUGUAGUUGAAGGCAUCAGCAAUCAGCCACAGAUGGAUAACACAGUAUGGGCUGAAGCGGAUUGUUUUGUGCAAUAUCAUUUUCCUUCCCAGCAUUCAAUUCAACAAGGUACUGUGACAUCAUAUAGAACAGGAACAACUUUGUGCCUUCCAAAUUCUCUCUUUAAUGACGUCAAAAAACACAGAAUAAUAUUGCCGUCUAGAUCACCAAUACAACGUGAACUACUUGCAGCAUGUGGCGGCGUAGGUGGAGGAAGUGGGGGUAUCCCAUUUGAAGUAUGGCAUAGAUAUUAUCAUCCAAAUGUCAGAGAUCAAGUAGUUGCCAAGGGACUUCUUCCAUUGACCAAACUGUGUGCUAUGGUGACUAUGCAGAAGAUAGGAGGAUCCAGUAUGCAAUCAUAUUCAUUACCUCUGAUAAGUCACAUAGCAGACCAACAACAUCCAACACAAGAACUCAAAGAUAAGUCUGCAGGUAAUGGAUUCAUUGAUAUAACAAUCAAAUAUCAGUCAUUGUCUGCUGGGAAAUCAGAAGGUCUCAAGUAUUCACCUGCUAGUGAGGCUGCAAAUCAAGAAGUUGGAUCUCAAAUCUGUAUAUCCAUUUCUGUGCUUAGAGCUUGUGGUCUUAAAACUGCAGCUAAACUGGCAGCAAAGCAGGACUCAAGAAUACAGUAUGCAUCAGAUGUGGGCAUCAAUGCUUAUGUUAAAGUCAAUUUGUCUUUUCACAACAAAGAAAGUGAGAGAAUUACAAGGACAGUUGCCAGAUCAUUUGCUCCUGAUUUCUCUCAUCACAUGGAUUUUCCAUGCUCAUUGCUAUGCAGGGAAACUGGUCUCAGUUUGGCUGAACUGAUGGAAACAGGACAAGUUACGUUACAAGUAUGGCAUCAGGUCACAGUACUCAGAUCAGAACAUGAUGUACCAAUAUCUCAACAUAGUAACAUAUUUGGUAGUCCUAAUGAUGUGUUACUGGCCUCUACAGCUGUACCAUUACAAGAUUUAUUAUCUAAUAGAACUGGUAUGUUGACGUUACUCACAAUCUUCUUGCUAUUCUUAUGUCUGAUUGUCUCAUUGCUUUAUCACAUGAAAAUAUCCAUGCAAAUCCAUACAAAUAAACUUUACAAAAGUCUGGUGAAUACUCUCAGCAGAACAAAGGCAUUCCCUUCAUCUUUAUAA